CACAGCGGCUGGCACAGCGGCACAGCGGACACAGCAGCAGAUACUAGGGCAGACACAGCGGCUGGUGGCACAGCGGACACAGCAGACACAGCAGCAGAUACUAGGGCAGACACAGCGGCAGAAUGCACAUUCAGGUGUGCACAGUGGGCAAUGGAAUCUUAUGAAAUCCUUCAAUUCUUUCAGGAAGACGUCAACCUCUUAUCCUCAAUCAGCCACAGCGACUGGGAUAGAGGUGUUCUGGAAGAUAUUGUCAAGCUUCUGAAAUUUAAGAUGAAGUUUCUAGGGGACUUCAAAGAUCUAAAGGAUGAAUGUCUCAAGCAGCGAGAAACCCCAUAUCUUCCUGCUCAUGGCGAGAUCAAUUCCUUUGGGAAAGUCGCACUCGCUUUAAAACAAGCCCAAAUUGAUCUUACGACUAGUCUUAGAUCUUUCUAUGAAGGGGCGCGUGGAACAUUCCAGUAUGUCGGCGAUCUCAAAGAUAACGAGACUAUUCCAACAGCUACAUUACGGGAACUGAUCAUACGGGAACGGGUCUCCCAGAUAAGAUAUGAGUACGUAGGGCCGUCUAAGAAGAAGAGGGCAAAGGACAAGACGAGUUUACAGGAAGGCAUUAAAAAAAGGAUAACGGAUGAAAUGCAAAAACUCGAUGGCCGAGCUACUUCUGUGAUUGAUAAUCACAAGAAUACAUUUAGCAAUGGCGUUUUUACUGCUUGGAGACCACGAACAAUUGUCGUCAUUUUUGAUUUAGCGACCAACCUAGUACUUACUGGAGCAACCCAACCUGCAUGUGAAAAGUACACAUUCUGGGAAACAGUGAGGAAAGAAAUAACUCGUUAUCGCUGCGGACAAGUCCUCGCAAAAGACAUUGAUACCUUAUGCCAGCUAUUCAGCAAACAAGCUUACGACGUCCGUGAUAGAGAAUCCUCUCAGAUCUUUGAUUUACGAAGAUUUUUCAAUAAGGACCACCUGGAUCAAGCCAAAUUGCCAGAGAAAAGUGAUCAAGUCGAGCGAAUAUAUAAUGAAGUGGCAAAAAGAAGACCUACCACCGACACCCCAUUCUCAAACCUCUUAGAAGAGUCAGAAAUAGUUUGUAUAGCCUUCGACGGCUUUUCCCUUAAGCCUAGAGCUCCUUGUAUUCGAUGUCAAUGGAUGUAUUCGAAGUGGAUGCAUUAUGGCUGGCCAGAUACGCCGAAAAAGAAAAUCGAAUGUGUUUGUAAUGGAACAGGUAUAACAGCUACGCCACCGGAAUCAUUCUCUCUAUGCGCAGAGUCAGUAGCAGCUGCGAAGCUUUGCUUAUUACGAACGGGGAAGUUGAUUUUGGAUGAUAAUCGUCUAUAAUGUAGAUAUAAUAUGGCUCUCUUGAAUUCUGAAUAAGAGCAU